CAGUGAGUAAUCUAGUGGCUGAGAUCAACUCAAAACCACUGGUUCUUCUUCUUCUUCGUCUUCCUCCUCUCAUCUUCGCGCCAUCGAGAAAAAUGCCAGUUUCAACAGCUCCGUCUCCGCCUCGUCUUCAAUCUCCGUUCAUCCACCGUCCAAUCAAUGCCACUCCGUCUUCUUCCCGUUCACUCUCCGCGAGGAAUCUCCGUUCGCCGUCAACGUCUUCUUAUCCGCGAAUCAAAUCAGAAGUCGACACGAACACGGUAAUCGCAAUCUCUGUAGGCGUGGCGAGCGUCGCGUUGGGAAUCGGAAUACCUGUCUUCUACGAGACGCAGAUCGACAACGCCGCUAAGAGAGAGAACACUCAGCCUUGUUUUCCUUGCAAUGGCACUGGAGCUCAGAAGUGCAGGUUGUGUGUGGGAAGUGGGAACGUGACGGUAGAGCUUGGUGGAGGAGAGAAGGAAGUGUCGAGCUGUAUCAACUGUGAUGGUGCUGGUUCCUUGACUUGCACUACUUGUCAAGGCUCUGGUGUUCAACCUCGAUACCUUGAUCGAAGGGAGUUCAAGGAUGAUGACUAGAUAUCUUUGCACCUGAUUACGAUAUGAAAAGAGUCUCUUCUCCUCCCUCCCCCUCUCAUAGUUAUUCAUUGUGUGUCGACCUUUGUACAAUACUGUAUUUUUUUGUUCACCAAAUGUGUAAGAAAUCAUGACCUUGUAACAGUUGAAGGAAAGUUUCCUGCACUUGAACUUUCAACCAUGUCAA